CGCGAUUUGUUUUUGACGUCAUAUGUUGCAUCUCUUGAAUGCGAGUCUGAUCUUCCAUCGAGCUAGCUAAUACAUUUACUUUAUUUUCACACAAUCAAAAAUGUCGCACAGUCACGGAGAAGACGAUUGCUGCUCGGAAGACCACGGGAGUGUUGGCCAAUCGAGAUUGGAGAGCUAUGUAUUCAGUUGUGAAUUAUCCUCCAAAGUACCGUUCUACACAUUCCAAGGGGACGAAGAGGAGGAUUUGGAACACUUUCUCGAGCUACGGACGGUUUGCUUGGGAGAGGGAGCGAAGGAGGAGAGUAAUGUGGUGGAGGUGACUGCUAUGAACCACCAGGGGAAAACUAUUUCUGUACCUGUCGCCAACCUCCAUAUCAACUGCCUGCCAAUGGUGAGUCUUGGGGAGUUUGAGCUGAAGGCCCCUGUCACCAUUAGACUGAAGUCGGGUACCGGACCAGUGACCGUUAGCGGUCUGCACCUCAUUGCCUCUGACAACGCUGACUCUGACUUGUCUAGUGAAGAAGAAGACUUGGAUGAAGAGAUAAUCCCCAUCAAACCAGCCAAAAAGAAACAGAAGUUGUAACGGGACUGGAUAUCUGAUUAAUAAAUGUUUUGUUAGGGAAUAAAGAUUUUCUUGUACCAAUAGGAAACAUGAAAUUCAGAUUUUCUACCCCACUGCAAAGUUGUUUAGAAAUGUGGGAAGAAAAAUACCGGGGGGAAAUUAUGGAUGAAAGGUGCACGAAUACGGACCUCAUUUUUUAUCUUUGACUGUGGCCAUGUUUGGGUUGUGGUUACUGAACCAUGUCCUAGGGAUUAGUCUACUCUUUGGCCUGUUGGAGCGAGCUCUUGUUUUCGGCUGCGGAAGUGUUUGGUUUCAUUAUAAAGAAUCAAUUGCAAUGUAUUAAAUACAAUCAAGAUCCUAAGAUGGUUUUAUUAUUAUUGUAACAAGUGUUUGGUUGAGUGGAAAUGGAUAACUACGCUUUUAGGCUGGGGUCCGAUCGGAAACCGCAUUCACGGUAAAUGGUACAUAUGUCGGUUCAGUCAGAAAAUACCUUUUAAUUGUCAAUGAUCAAAAGCUGAUCUGAAUGAAUCCCUGCCAUAGUUUCCUACAUACUUUCUUCACGUGGUUACAGCACCAUCAGUUGACUGAAUUUUUUUACUAUUGACUUUCAGAGUUGAAAUGUACUAUUUUUGUUGCUGAAGUGGAUAUACAUUCAUGUUUGCAUGCUAUCGUUUAUUUGGAUAACAUAUUAAACCUAAUUGUAAAUGGGGUUUCCAGGUUGGUGGGGAAGGGGGUUGGAAAGGUGGGUGUUAAUGUAUUGGUUUUCUUGCUCUUCUGGCUGGGUUGGAUUUGAACAAAUCGGGAUAAAUAAGUUAGCCAGGUAGCUUUGAGAAACACUCAAGCUAACAUUGAACAUAGGUUAUUGAAAAUAGCAGCACAAAAAAAAUAUUGUCAGUUUUGUACUAUUUAGGGAAAUUAAAGCUGGCUAAUUGAUCAUUUGAGAUAUUAUCUUUGAACGUUUUUGUUGUACAUUUUCAGAUUCUAUAAAUAAAAACACUUUUGGUAUUA